AUGCCUUCCAAUCCGGACUGGGUCAAAGCCCUCAAGCCUUCUGGUCCCCAGGGAUCAGAGCUCCUCGCCCAGGAGAGGGCCAAGUCGAACCUCAACAUCGAUCAGUUGUCUGAUUUCAUGUUCACAAGGGAAAUCCUCGAGAGAAAUGAAAGAAUCUUGAAGAUUUUGCUAGCAGAGCCUGUCUUCGACAAAUCCCAGAACUACUUCCGGGGCCGAACAGAAAGAAUAGAGGCAUCAUUGGCAAGGGGUAAAAGACUACAACAACUAUCUGUCAAACACAAAUGGACAAAAGAAGAGUUCCAGGCAGCCAACGAGCUCAUCAGUGAGCCAACCCCUUACGGCCUACAUGCGAGCAUGUUUCUGGUCACUCUACGAGAACAAGGCACUCCAGAACAACAUAAGCUCUUCCUCGAGAGGGCAGAGGCGUACAAGAUCAUUGGCUGCUACGCGCAGACUGAACUCGGGCAUGGCUCCAAUGUCAGGGGACUGGAGACUACGGCGACUUGGAACCCAGAGGACAAGACCUUCACUCUCAACUCACCGUAUUUGACCGCAUCGAAAUGGUGGAUCGGCUCUCUUGGAAAAGCUGCCAACCACGCGGUGGUAAUGGCUCAACUAUAUAUCGGUGGCAAGAACUAUGGGCCUCAUCCAUUUGUCGCCCAGAUCCGAGACCUCAAGACCCAUGAGCCGCUGCCCAAUGUUCACGUUGGGGACAUUGGGCCAAAGUUCGGGUACAACACUAUGGACAAUGGUUUUCUCCUGUUCAAGAACGUCAAGAUCCCGCAUAUCAAUAUGCUUGCACGAUUCUCCCGCAUCGAUCCACAGACCAACAAAUACUUCCGCCCUUCGAACCCUUCUCUGAUCUACGGCACGCUCACCUAUAUUCGAAGCACCAUCGUUCUGCAAGCAGGCUCGGUCCUUGCCCGAGGUGUGACAAUUGCCACUCGGUACUGCGCCGUAAGACGACAAUUCCAGGAUCGAGACGCACCAGCCAACGAGAUUGGUGAGAACCAAGUCCUGAAUUACACUAUGGUGCAGAUCCGCCUUCUACCUCUCCUCGCGGCUACCUACGCCCUCCACUUCACGGGCCGAGGCAUGAUCAACUUGUACCAAGAAAACCAGAAACGUAUGAACGACAACGCGGGCAAGCUGGCCGACUCGAAGCGUGCACCGGGACCAGAAGAACUCAAUCCAGGAACCGACCUUCUUGCGGACCUCCAUGCCACCAGCUGCGCCUUGAAAGCCUUGGGCUCCACCACCGCAGCUGAAGGCUUAGAGGUCUGUCGUCGGGCUUGCGGAGGACACGGCUACAGCUCCUUCUCCGGCAUUGGCAGCUGGUAUGCCGACUAUCUCCCCACGGUCACCUGGGAGGGCGACAACUACAUGUUGACGCAACAGGUCAGUCGCUACCUACUCAAGUCGGCGCGAUCGGUCCUGAAGGGAAACGCGCCCGACAACGACACGUCCCGUAUCCUCAAGGAGUUCAUGGGACGGCGCGACAUCGGCGCGGCCUUUGACGUGAUUGGAAGCGACACAGACCUUGUGGCUGCCUUUGCCUGGCGGGUGUCGUUUCUGACUUUCGAGGCCUUGCGUCACCGCGACGAGGACAAACAGUCGUGGAACUCUUUGCUGGUGGACUUCUGGCGCCUGUCGACCGCGCACGCCCAGUAUAUGGUGGUGAAGAACUUCCAUGACGCCCUCAACGAUCCCAACACCACGCGGCAGCUCGAGGCAGACACCGUCGCGCUCUUGCACAAGCUCUUCCGCCUGUAUGCACUGAACACGCUCGAGCGAGAAGCUUCGGAAUUCUAUUCGAGCUCCGCCGUCACCGUGCGACAGAUCACUCUUGCACGAACCAAGACUGUCAUGAAGCUGCUUGAGGAGAUCCGUCCUCACGCCGUCCGCCUGGUAGAUGCGUGGAAGUUCCCUGAUUGGCAGCUCGAUAGCUCCCUCGGCCGUUACGACGGCAAGGUCUACGAAGACAUGUUCUACCGCGCCAGCGAGCUGAAUCCUCUGAACAACAUCGUCUUUGACCCGUAUCCCGACUCGAAGGUGCUGUUCAGAAAAGAUGAGCGCCCCGAUUUGCGAAGCAAGCUAUAA